AUGUCGAUUAAGGAAACAGAAGAGGGAAGAGUGGAGAAUGAGAAUGGAGAGAGACGAGAUGAGUCAAGCAUGAAGAGCUUUCUAUGGCAUGGCGGUUCUGUCUAUGAUGCUUGGUUUAGCUGUGCAUCGAACCAGGUUGCUCAAGUUCUGUUGACACUACCUUAUUCAUUUUCACAAAUGGGAAUGGCAUCAGGUGUAAUUCUGCAGAUCUUCUAUGGUUUUAUGGGAAGUUGGACAGCUUAUCUCAUCAGUGUUCUCUACGUUGAGUACAGAAGUCGAAAAGAGAAACAGAAUGUUAACUUCAACAACCAUGUCAUUCAGUGGUUCGAAGUCUUGGAUGGUUUGCUUGGUCCAUAUUGGAAAGCAAUAGGAUUAACAUUCAACUGCACAUUUCUUCUCUUUGGUUCUGUUAUCCAACUCAUUGCCUGUGCAAGUAACAUAUAUUAUAUAAACGACAAGCUGGACAAGAGGACAUGGACUUACAUAUUCGGAGCGUGUUGUGCAACCACGGUGUUUAUACCGUCGUUUCACAACUAUCGAAUAUGGGCAUUUCUUGGUCUUGGCAUGACCACUUACACCGCUUGGUACCUCACCAUCGCGUCUUUAGUCCAUGGUCAAGUCGAAGGAGUGACUCAUUCCGGUCCAACCAAGCUGGUUCUGUAUUUCACAGGAGCCACUAAUAUAUUGUACACUUUUGGUGGCCACGCAGUUACCGUGGAGAUAAUGCAUGCGAUGUGGAAACCAAGAAAGUUUAAGUACAUAUAUCUAAUGGCUACACUCUAUGUGUUUACCUUAACCAUACCAUCGGCUGUUUCCGUCUACUGGGCCUUUGGAGAUGAGCUUCUCACACAUUCUAAUGCCUUCUCACUCCUUCCUAACUCACCGUGGCGUGACGCUGCAGUCAUCCUCAUGCUCAUCCACCAGUUUAUAACGUUUGGGUACGCAUGCACGCCACUAUACUUCGUGUGGGAGAAAGUGAUCGGAAUGCACGAGACAAAUAGCAUUUUGUUACGAGCGGUCACAAGAUUGCCUGUGGUGAUUCCGAUUUGGUUCUUAGCCAUAAUCUUCCCUUUCUUUGGACCAAUUAACUCAGCCGUUGGUGCACUUCUAGUCACGUUCACUGUCUACAUUAUCCCAUCACUUGCUCACAUCCUCACUUACCGCUCUGCUUCUUCUAGACACAAUGCUGCGGAGAAGCCACCGGCCGUGAUUGGCGGUUGGAGAGGUGCGUUUGUGGUGAACGUUGUGGUGGUGGUUUGGGUGUUUGUAGUUGGCUUUGGGUUAGGAGGAUGGGCAAGUGUGACAAAUUUCAUUAAACAAGUUGAUACUUUUGGCCUAUUUGCUAAAUGUUAUCAGUGUCCUCACCGCUGA